AUGAGCCGCCAGCUGCACCAGCGCCCCGCGGGCGAGCGCCCCAGCUUCAGCGGCUGCUCGGCCGUCAUCGCGGGCCGGGUCAGCGGCAGCUCCGCCUCGUUCCGGGCCGGCGUCAAGAGCACGGCGGCCUUCGGCAGCCGCAGCCUCUUCAGCCUGGGGGGCGGCCGGCGCCUGGCUCUGUGCGCCGCGGCCGGCCGGGGCGGCGCCUACGCGCUGGGCCACUGCUCCGGCACCGGCGGCCGGCUGGGCGGCUUCGUGGGCACCGUCUUCGGCAGCGCCGGGCUGGGGCCCGCGUGCCCGUCCGUGUGCCCACCCGGCGGCAUCCCUCAGGUCACCGUCAACAAGAGCCUCCUGGCCCCCCUCCACGUGGAGCUGGACCCCGAGAUCCAGAAGGUGCGCGCCCAGGAGCGGGAGCAGAUCAAGGCGCUGAACAAUAAGUUCGCCUCCUUCAUCGACAAGGUGCGGUUCCUGGAACAGCAGAACCAGGUGCUGGAGACCAAGUGGAACCUGCUGCAGCAGUUAGACCUGAACAACUGCAGGAAGAACCUGGAGUCCAUUUAUGAGGGCUACAUCAGCAACCUCCGGAAGCAGCUGGAGACACAGACAGGCGACAGGGUGCGGCUGGACUCGGAGCUGAGAAGCAUGCAGGAUUUGGUGGAGGACUACAAGAAGAGGUAUGAGGUGGAGAUUAACCGACGCACAGCUGCUGAGAAUGAGUUUGUGGUGCUCAAGAAGGACGUGGAUGCCGCCUACAUGAACAAGGUUGAGCUCCAGGCCAAGGUGGACUCCCUGACGGAUGAGAUCAAAUUCUUCAAGUGCCUCUAUGAAGGGGAGAUCGCUCAGAUGCAGUCCCACAUCAGCGACACAUCUGUCAUCCUGUCCAUGGACAACAACCGGGACCUGAACUUGGACAGCAUCAUCGACGAGGUCCGCGCCCAGUACGAGGAGAUCGCCCUGAAGAGCAAGACCGAGGCCGAGGCCCUGUACCAGACCAAGAUCCAAGAACUGCAGGUCACAGCGGGCCAACAAGGGGACGACCUCAAACUCACCAAGGCUGAGAUCUCAGAGCUCAACCGCCUGAUCCAGAGGAUCCGCUCAGAGAUAGGGAAUGUGAAGAAGCAGGUGGGUUCCAUGAAAUGA